GAGACACUUCAGUAGCACCGUAGCAUAAAUCGACUGUUCACACUACAGAAUAGUGGUAAUAGACACUCAGUCGUUACGGAAAGAAAAAAAUACUUCAUAAUUGUCCGCUGAUGUCGUUAAUGACAAGCCUUGGCGAGGGACUGGACAUCGAAGCCUCGAAAUCAGCGUUCAUGGAGAUCCAGCAGAUGCAACAAGCUACCGGGCCCAUGGGUUACGGCGCACCAGCCCACCACCACUACCCAGGACCGGUGAGAUGCGCACCAACAGGACCACCACAACACGACACACCAUUCAGUACAUCGGCGCAGCAUACGAGAUCGUUAGGCUAUCCAUUCCACAUGAAUCCAAUGGCAAAUCAUCACAGUCACCAUUAUCUUAACCCUUACCAGACAGCUACAACAUGUACGAGUCCAACAAUGGGACGAGACGAAAAAUCGGCAUCAGAAAACGAAUUACGAGUGAACGGGAAAGGCAAAAAGAUGAGGAAACCACGUACAAUAUAUAGUAGUUUGCAGCUUCAGCAGUUAAAUCGAAGAUUUCAACGCACGCAGUACUUGGCACUACCAGAACGUGCGGAGCUAGCCGCCUCGUUAGGACUUACACAAACUCAGGUAAAAAUUUGGUUUCAAAAUAGGAGGUCAAAGUGCAAGAAAAUGUUAAAACAGCAGCAACAGCAGCCACAUCAGACAUCUGGUCCACAAGCGCUAACAGUUCAGAAUACACCGAAUGUUACAGCGAACAGUCAAACACCGCAGCCACCAACGCCAAAUGCGAACAACCCAACGCCAAUGACAACAUCUAUGAACAACUCUUCCUCGCCACCAGUUUGGGACAUUAGUAAUAGCAAAAACAACAGUAGUUAUAUUCCGCAAUAUUCCUGGUAUCAUCAAGACAAUGCGACAGCGGCACUCCAACAGUCGCAGUUAAUGUCGUAAUAUAAUGAAUGUUCCGUCGGUCGGCAUCGUCUACUUGCCAGUACUUUUAUUUUCUUGAUUCACAGUGAGCCAAAAUAAUGUGUAUGCGAGUCUCGCCACUUUCUUAGUGUUCGGACUAACGUUUUACUGCCUAUUGACAACGGUUAUUGACAUGCAUCGCAGUACAGUGAUGGAUCGUUUCAAGACGACAUAAAAAGAAUAUCCCCAACACGUGGAGUGUACCGAGGAGAGUUCGUUUCGACGUCCAGCAUACGCUGUUCCAUGGUUACCUCGCAACAUGCUGGUGUCGCCUAUAAGAUGCAUGAAGUAUUUUAAUAAGCAUCACUAACGCGA